UGGGCUUAACCAGGCAGAUUUGAACCAUUUGAACAAUUUGUUGCGUGUAAGAAUGUUUCAAACUUGAAAUCCUCACCUAAUCCAAACUAGAAGCAAAACUCCUUUUGAAAUAGGAAACCUCACUUUUCCCAACCAAAUACAAAUCCAAAGUCCGUUGAACAGACUCCGAUCCUCCGUCUUCCUUCUUCCUCUGAAUCGCUAAUUCGCAAGCACUGUAACCAAGAUCCGGCCGGCGAAGCCACGAUGUGCUGCUUCGGAAAGGUGUGCAUGCUGUGCACAUGCCUGAUUCUGGUGGUCGUGGCCGUCGGAUUCCUCUUCGGAUUCGGAGUUUUCAAAGACGGAUUUCAUAAGAUCAAAGAUAAGGCCGAUUUCUGCGACGGAGGUAUCUGCGGCGGCGGAAGGCCUUUCUUCGCUGCUGCGCCGCCUCCUCGUUUCUAGGUUUUCUCUUCUUCUGUGGAUCUUCGUUUCGAUUUUUAUUUUUUAUUUUUUAUUUUUUAUUUUUAAUUUAGGGAUAUUAUGUGCUCAUUCUCGUAAUUGUCUUGUUUUAAUUACAGNUU